AUGAUUCCCCGAGAUGAGACCGAUAUAGUUGACUCUGGUACAGCGCCGAGCAGUGCAAUGAUAAGCACCACAGCUUCCCCAUGGAGCUUACAUAUGGACGGUUCCAGCUGCGCCAAGUUUAGCAGUGCAAGUAUCAUUUUGAGCGGACUGGGGGGACUAAAGCCGGAGUACACUCUUAAGUUCAACUUCGCUGCAUCUAAUAAUAUAGCGGAGUAUGAGGCACUAAUCGCAGGACUACAAUUAGCCUUAAGCACAGGUGCAAUGAGUAUCAACGUAUUCAGUGACUCCCAGCUGGUAGUCAAUCCGGUCACCGGGUAUUUCACCGCCAAGGACGAACAAUUGGCAGCUUACUUGACAUACGUUACGAUGCUAUUGAAACUAUUCGAAUUCUAUCACAUCACCCAGAUCCCGAGGGCCAGUAACGGAAGGGUAGAUUCCUUAGCAAGGCUUGCCACGACGCGCAACCACAUCAGUGAGAUACCACUUACAAAACGACAUACUAUUUCGCCAAGGCCUUCUAAACGCCAGUUUAAGAUGUGUCACAACUGA